AUGCCAAACUGGGGAGGUGGCAACAAAUGUGGUGCCUGUGGCCGCACCGUCUACCAUGCUGAGGAGGUGCAGUGCGACGGGAGGAGCUUCCACCGGUGCUGCUUCCUCUGCAUGGUCUGCCGGAAAAACUUGGACAGCACAACUGUAGCAAUCCAUGAUGCUGAAGUUUACUGCAAAUCUUGCUAUGGGAAAAAGUAUGGCCCAAAAGGUUAUGGAUAUGGCCAAGGGGCAGGCACGCUGAACAUGGACAGAGGAGAGAGACUAGGCAUCAAGCCUGAGAGCACGCCUUCUCCUCACCGGCCCACCACAAAUCCAAACCCUUCCAAGUUCGCUCAGAAGUUUGGAGGGACAGAGAAAUGCUCUAGGUGUGGAGAUUCUGUUUAUGCAGCAGAGAAAGUAAUAGGAGCUGGAAAGCCAUGGCACAAGAACUGCUUUCGAUGUGCCAAGUGUGGAAAAAGCCUAGAAUCUACAACCCUAACUGAAAAAGAGGGAGAAAUCUAUUGUAAAGGUUGUUAUGCAAAGAACUUUGGCCCCAAGGGAUUUGGGUAUGGCCAGGGUGCAGGUGCCCUUGUUCAUGCCCAGUGA